AUUUAAUAUUUUAGUGCAAAAGCCAACUUUUCAACAAUACCGAAAGAUCUUGACAAAAACAUUGUCAAAAAGUUAUCAGGGAAAAUUUCCAUUGAAAAGUGUGUUUUGAUUUUUCGUCUAUAUCAUAUAUAUAGUUGAACCUAAUUAGCAAGGGUCUAUUUAGUGGUUUUCUUAAACAAUGAGUAGGGAUAUGAUAUCUAUAAAUACGAUUAUAAUUAGCUAGCUGGCUUAAAGUAAAAAAAUAAGGUAUGGCUGAAAGAAUGAUUAAUCUUCCCGAUGAUGUAUGGGAUAAACUUCGAGAUCUUCAACAAGAGCUGGAUGAAGGUGAUAUUACGAAAAAGGGUUAUGAGAAGAAACGUGCAAAACUUCUUGAAGCGUAUAUAAACAAAGAUAUCCCCUCAACAGCAUCCACAAAACCAAAUGAACCUAUCCCACCUGCCAAUCCACCCUCCAAACCUCAGCCCAGCAAACCUCCACCCAAAAGUUCUGAUAUCAGAAAAUCGUCUAGCACCAAUUCACCAAAAUACACACGCAAGUCAUCAGCACCUUAUCCUAGUUCUUCUCCACACAAUUCGAGGAGGAGCUCUAGGGAUUCUCCAAAGCCCUCAAGACACUCUAGCACACCACAAAUUCCACAAGGUGUUCGACAGGAAGCUAUUAACCUUGCAUUACAAAAACGAAAGGAGAAAGAUGGAGACAGCAUUCCUCUUCCAGCUCCUACAAAGCGACAAUCAUUCGUUACAAGGAGACAGACUGAUCCCAAUGUUAAAAGAAACUCAAGUUACAAUGCUCAUCCUCCAACCAAUUUUAAAGACACACCUCCGAGUUCAAUAGAAAGUUUAAAUAAUGUAGUGACGUCACCAAUAACUGUUGAUCCUCCUCUAACAUCGAGCUCAUCUGUUAUUCGUAUCACACAUGACAUGCCGAUGAGAGAUCCCCAAAUUACUGUUGUUGAUGGAGAAACACGUAUUCAAGAUUUUGCUCCUCCCGACCUAAUGAGUGAUAUAAUGAUUCAAAACGAAAUAAACUAUCAAAAACAAAAACAAAGUGCAAAACAAUCAGGGGUCCGACUGAAAGUACCUGAAGAUCAGGGACCAAGCCGGGUUUCAACUAAAAUUCAACAGCUUCUAAACACAUUAAAGCGCCCCAAAAAGAAACCAAUGGAGCAAUUUUUUCAAGAUAUUGAUGAUGGUGUGGAAGUUACGUUGCCCGAUCCAGGUGCACCAAUGCCAGAGGGUGCGUCAAGUAAACCAGCUGUUGGUGAGCAACUGCUGAUAUCUGAUCGUUUACCAAACUCCUUCUUGGAUGCUGUCAGACGUUACGGCACAUCUUCUAACAAAGCACCAGCUAUUUCAGUUGUUGAUCACCAUGGAAAAAUUGUUUACACUUUACUAUAUGGAAAGCUGCUUAGUCGUAGUUACCGUAUUGCUUAUGCUUUGUUACAUAAAGUUGGGAGUCCAAAAGAUGGAACUUCCAUAAUGUUAGAAGACAGGGUUGGCUUGAUGUACAGUGCAGAUGACAUAGUUGGAUUUGCAUGUGCAUUCUAUGGUUGUUUAUUUGCUGGUGUUGUGCCUGUGCCUAUUUACCCGCCAAUACAAAAAGAUGAUGCAGGAUUGCAGCAAAUAGGCUUCUUAUUAAACAGCUGUGGAGUGAGUUGGGUUUUAACAUCAGAAUCAUGUUUAAAAAACUUACCAAAAGAUGAAAAUGGAUCCAAUGUUGCAAAUUUCAAAGGAUGGCCCAAAGUACAUUGGUUUCACACUGAGAAUUUAAAUCGUCCCCCAAGAGACUGGCAUCCCCCGCAUUUGACAAAGGACAAAAGAAUGGCAGCAUAUAUAGAACAUACUGUUGCUAAAGACGGCAGUGCUCUGGGUGUAGUGGUGACCAGAGAUUCCAUGUUUAUGCACACUGUUGCAUUAACACAGUCAUGUGGAUACACAGAAGGUGAAGUUAUGAUCAGUUUAGUUGAUUUCAAAAAAGAGAUUGGUCUUUGGCAUUCUAUCUUUGCAAGUGUACUCAGUGGAGUUCAUGUUGUGUUCGUCCCUCCUCUUGUUCAAGCUACUAGCUCCACAGUUUGGCUAUCCCUUAUCACAAGAAUGAAAGCUACAUGUUGUAUCGUUGCUUCAAAAGACUUGCAUUGGAGUCUACAUUCUGGUCGCGAACCAAAAGACGUCAAUUUACUUACUUUGCGAAUGUUGUUACUAGCAGACAGAGCUAAUCCUUGGUCACUUUCAGCCUGUGAUUCAUUUGUCAAUGAGUUUGAAGGAAAAGGUUUACGAAAAGAAGUGGUAUGCCCAUGUGCUCACUCUUCAUCAGGUCUUACCAUUGCCAUCAGAAGACCAGGUAACCCUGGUUCAACAGCAACUGGACGAGGUGUACUUUCACUGACUGGGUUGAGUCAUGGUGUUGUUCGUGUUGAUAAGGAAGGCUCAUUGACAGCUCUUACAUUGCAAGAUUGUGGAAUGGUGGUUCCUGGAGCAAAAGUCGUCGUGGUAAAGUUAGAAGGUCAACCCGAUCUAUGCAAAGUAGAUGAAGUUGGCGAACUCUGUGUCAAUGCAAAUUCAACUGGAAUUUCAUAUUUUGGUUUAACAGGCAAAACAAAUCAUACAUUUAAGAUGCAACCUAUUGAUGAGGGUAGAGUUUUACCAGAAGUUUAUGUAAGAAGCGGUUUGCUUGGAUUUCUUGGACCUGGUGGUCUUGUGUUUGUAACCGGAACAACCGACGGUUUAAUGGUAGUGCAAGGUCGAAAACACAACGCAGAAGAUAUUAAAGCCACCGUUCUUGCUGUGGAUCCUAUUAAAUAUGUUCACAGGGGGAGGAUUGCCAUUUUCUCCAUCACAGUGCUAAGGGAGGAACGUAUGGUGAUCGUUGCUGAACAGAAAAGUAAUUGCAGUGAGGAGGAGAGCUUUCAGUGGAUGUCACAUGUUCUCCCUGCUAUUGAUACUGUACACGCUGUAGGAGUUUAUUGCUUAUGUCUCGUUCCACCAAAUGGUUUACCAAAGUGUAGCAAUGGAAAAGUUUGUACUGAAGAGUCCAAACUAAAAUUUUUGGAAGGAUCUUUACAUCCAGUGAAUGUAUUGAUGUGUCCUCAUACGACUGUUACAAACCUACCAAAACCAAGGACAAAACACCAAGAACCAGGACCUGCCGCUGCUAUUGUUGGAGGGCUUUUAAAAGGGAACAGGAUGGCCGAGGCUUGGGGACGAGGUGUCGCUGAUUUGGAUGAUAAAACAGACGUUUCCAAAAAGUACCAGUUUUUAUCUGAAAUAUUAAAAUGGAGGGCGCAAACAAGCUCUGAACAAAACUUAUUUACGUUACUAAACAACAAGAAUCACGUAUCUGGCACUAUGAACUGUUUACAGCUGCAUAAGAAGGCUGAAAAAUUCGCCAUUAUGGCAACAGAGCAAGGAAAGUUAAAAUCAGGGGACCAUGUUGCUUUGCUUUACCCGCCUGGGUUAGACUUGAUUGCUGCAGUUUAUGGUUGUUUAUAUGUUGGACUUAUUCCAGUCCCAGUGCGUCCACCAAACCCAAAUAACAUAGGCACUACUCUCCCGACGGUUAAAAUGAUUAUACACGUGAGUAAGUCUGUUGGUAUGAUGACAACAGCUGGUGUGAUCAAGCUGAUUAAAAGCAAGGAAGCUGCUGCAGUGGUCGAUCAUAAAUCAUGGCCAACGUUGGUCAACACGGAUGACUUACCAAGAAAGAAAGUCAAUUUGAAUUAUCGUGCGCCCACACCAGAAAUGAUCGCGUAUUUAGAUUUCAGUGUGUCUACUACUGGUAUGUUAGCUGGUGUCAAGAUGUCACAUGCAGCUAUGACGUCACUCUGUCGAGCUCAAAAGUUGGCAUGUGAGCUGUAUCCUUCAAGAGAGGUUGCUAUCUGUAUGGAUCCUUAUUGUGGGUUGGGCUUUGUUUUGUGGUGUCUCAGCAGUGUUUAUUCUGGUCAUCAUACUAUCUUGAUUCCACCUGUUGAGCUGGAAACAUCACCAAGUCUUUGGUUGCAAGCUAUCAGCCAGUAUAAAGUUCGUGAUACUGUGUGUUCGUAUCCAGUCAUGGAAUUAUGUACAAAACAUUUAUCGCAACAUAUAAACACUUUAAAGAUGAAACACGUGUCUUUGUCGUCGUUAAGAACUUGCAUCGUGGUGGCUGAAGAAAGACCACGAAUUGGUUUGAUUCAGAAUUUCAGCGCCCUUUUUGCAGCACUUGGUUUGUCCACAAAAGUUGUGAGCACGUCCUUUGGUUCGCGAGUUAACAUUGCUAUUUGUAUGCAGGAAGCCUCACAUCCUGAAGCAUCUACAGUGUAUAUUGAUACAAGAUCAUUACGACAUGAUCGAAUACAAGAGCUCGAACGAGGUGCUCCUCAUAGUCUUUGUUUAAUGGAAUCUGGCCGAAUAUUACCGGGCGUUAAAGUUGUAAUAGCUAACCCGGAAACGAAAGGAUUAUGUGUUGAUUCACAACUUGGUGAGAUUUGGGUUUCAUCUCAACACAAUGGUAGUGGCUAUUUUAACGUGACCGAAGAUGACCAGCUGACUGAGGAACAUUUCCGAGCGCGCCUAGAAACGAAUGAUAAAGAGACAGUCUUUGCAAGGACGGGUUAUUUAGGUUUUGUGAAAAGAACGGAAAUCACGCAAACCGAUGGAGCUCCACACGACGCUUUAUUUGUUGUCGGGGCGCUGGAUGAAGCGUUGCUUUUACGUGGUCUCAGAUAUCAUCCAAUAGAUAUUGAAAUGAGUUUAAUCAGAGGACAUCGAAGCAUUGGAGAAUGUGCUGUGUUUACAUGGACCAACUUGCUGGUGGUUGUAGCGGAACUUGAAGGUGAUGAGAAAGAAGCUUUAGAUCUCGUCCCAUUGAUAACAACCAUUGUGUUAGAGGAACACCAGGUUGUGGUGGGCGUGGUCGUGGUGGUUGAUCCAGGAACAAUACCUUUAAACUCACGUGGUGAGAAACAAAGAAUGCAUCUACGAGACAGCUUUCUCGCUGAUCAACUGGAUCCUAUUUAUGUGGCUUAUAAUAUGUAACCGUUAUUAGAAGGUUAUAUCUUAGUGAAGUUCAGGUGUUAGUGGAAUAUCUUUGAAUAAGCGAGGCAUAUCUUUUGUUACGUUUUAAAGUUAUUCAAUUAAGUCUUAAGAUUGUAUUGUAAGUAAAAAUGAAACUGUUGGGCGAUAAAAUUUCCGAGCGUGUGUCGAUUGUUUUCUAACCUAAAGAAAAAUUUGUCACAGUCGAAUAAUGAAAGUGCAAGGAGAAAAAUACUCUUAGUUUUGUGCUUUUUCUUGAUGGAUUUCGCUUUCCCUUCUUUCUUCUGUAAAACCUAUUAGUUAACGUGCAAACUAAGCCUUAACUGACCUGAACUCUUUCUUGUUUAGAUGAUAAUUAAAAUUCUAUGUAGUUGUAAGCAUGUAUGUAUACAUGCAUUUACAUUAAGUCGUACACAAACUACGCUGUACUUAUUAAAUUAUGCUCAACAUUUAUUGACAGAUUAGUUUAUCUCAUAUACACAGGGCAGUACAAAUUCACGAUUUUAUUCGUUCCCUAUUUUGAUUACUGAUGUGGGGUGUAUAUAGUUCCGCGAAAGUCAGGUGCAUCCUGAUAAUGUUAAAGAAUUAGUUACCAGACCCAUCCACUGUUUAAUUGGAAGUCUGGGAAUAAAAAUUUUAGUUUUUCUGUUUUUUUUUUUUGCACAUUUUAUUUAUACUUAUAUAUUUUAACAAAUUAAAUGUAUAUUCCUUCUGAUGUUUCCUUUCGCGUUAUUCAUGCAGCUUUCUCCGUAAACAGGCUAGUGUGAUUUAACUAGACUGGACGCAUGUAUUAUUUUUCUUCUAAAAUUAUAGAUAAUAGAUUUAUUGAUUGUAUAUUACGUAAAGCUUACUUGUCCGACAUAAUUUUUCUUCACGCAUGCGCAGCAAAAUGUUUCAAUGAAACUGGCUACCAAGACUCAAAUGUUUUGUGUUAGUUUACGUCAUACGAGUUUUUAGUUUUUUUAAAUUUUUUAAGUCUAACAUAGUUGGACUCGUUUAUCCAUUGUAUGCAUUGUUUAUUUUGACUGACAACGUUGUGGAAAUUUUAGUACAAGCGAAAUUUAUAUAUAUUUUUUCUAUUGGUUUAUUGAUUGAUUGAUUUUAUCUGUCUGUAAUAUCGUUAAAGAAUGAUUCACUCCACAA